ACCGCAGUAUCUCUUAAGAGAAGAAACAAUGGCACCUCCAUCAGCCAGGAAGUCCAAUAAAGAAGAAGAAAAUGAUUUGAUAAGUAUUGAUGAAGGAUUAAUUGACAAAGUAUUAGGAGACGUAGGGAAAUCUUCGGCUGCAAUACAACUUUUAAUUGGAACCAUUUCUGGGUGGUGCACAGGUGUUAUUACUGUGAAAAUUGGGAAAGUUGCAGCCCUUACUUUUGGAGGAGGCAUCAUACUCUUGCAGAUUGCAAACUACCAAGGUUACAUCAAAGUGAACUGGGAUAAGGUUUACAAACAGGUUGAUAAAGUUGCAGACAUUGUAGAAGAAAAGGCUACUGGAGAGAGUCCUAAGUGGAUGGAAAAGGUGGAACGUUAUGUUGAUCGUAAGCUGGACAAAGCUGAGGAUAUCUUGAAGAGGAGGGAGCGCAAGGCACGAUCUUGGUACCAUACUUUCAUCACUGGUGAAAAACCAUACCAACUAAAUGGAAUUCACGUUUUCCUGGUGGGAUUUGCUGCUGGAUUAGCAAUUGGUUUUGCCUCUUGUCACUGAACUAUUUAUUGGCUUAUGUGUGUACGUAUUGAAUAUCAUUAGAAUUUGUUUGUACCUUAGAAUAAUGUUCUUGUUAUUAUUCUGAUUAAUUAACAAGUCACCAUUCAGAGACACUGUUUAAAGUGAUUAGGUUGAAACUGCUAUGGAAUAUCUCUCUUUAGGUUAGCUUUUAAAUGAAUGUUUGUGUCAAUAAGUAAAUUAAAGUAAUUCUCCCUCGUACAGUUCUUUUGAAUGACUUUAGUUUAGUUGAGAAUGGACUGUUACCAGGGUCAUGUGGGGGAUGUGGGACACACAGCAUUUUAUAAAUGUUAGCUUCAGUGGCAGCAAUUUGUAGGUUCAGUUUUCAUGGAACCUAGCUCCAGACUUAUAAUAAGAGUUUAGUCUUAUAUAUAACAACACAGUAAAAAGACCAAGACUUCUCUAGUUCACAGUAUUAUUUGACGUGUAUUGCCAUCUGAAGACUGCAUGCAUCUGUUGUACACUGUCACAUAAUCUGAUGUCUUGAAUUACUCAUAUUUUGUUGUGAAGUUUCCACCCAUUGUUAAAUAUGAGGGUAAGUCAAUAAGUAAGUUACAAAUGGAUAUAGAACUUAAACAAAUAAAGAGUACUGAUUUGAAAAAU